AUGGGGAUAGCAAGAAUUUCCAUCGAAUUCGGCGCCCGUCACAACGAGGGGCUGGUCGAGAGGAUAUUGCGCGAAUACAAGGUCACCCGUAUCAUCGACGCGGCCACGUGUUUUCCCGAUCAAACCCUGAGCCCAGUCGAGCAGGCCCGACAGUCCAUUUCCGACUUGACCCACAUGAUGGACGCCAUCAGGAAGUACGACGGCUUGGAGUCGUUCGUUUUGAUUAGCUCGCAAGAGGUGUACGGCAACCUGCCCAUCCAAACCGAAGAAACGCCACUGGCCCCGAAAAAUUUUGCUGGAGCCGCGGCCAUGGCUGCUGAAGCGAUGUUACAUUCGUAUGUAGUAUCAUACCGCCUACCUAUGGCCAUUGCCCGAGUCGCGAAUGGGGCACACACUAAUAGAGAACGAGUGGAGCAUAAGUUUGAGACGGAGAAUAAGCUGAACUUGAUCAACAUGAGCUCGGUGGCCGAGGCGCUGCUGCUCAUCUCCAACCACGCGAGCGGGGCUAACGUCUACAAUAUUGGAGGGGAAUACGAUUGGACGAGAGAGGAAUGGGUGACUAAGAAAACCCCCACCGCCAAGUCGAGCCUCGACACCGAGAAGCUACGAUCACUAGGCUGGAAAUCGGCCAACGAGGUGCCGAUGGAGACCCAGGAGAUGCCCACCACCUCCCUAACGCCGAAAUUCCUGGUCUACGGAGCCGAUGGAUGGAUUGGACAGCAAUUCUGCACACUUCUCGAGCAGCAGGGUAUUCGUUAUGAGAAAGGCCAAGCGCGCCCUGGUGGUGAUGUCGACCGGAAUGUUGAAGCGGAAUUGGUUGCGGUGGCCCCGACACAUGUUGUCUCGAUGGUUGGAAGAACGCAUGGACCGGGCGUGAAUAGCAUCGGCUACCUGGAGGGCGGGCCAGAUCGGCUGAAGUUGAACAUGCGCGACAACCUGUUCGCUCCAUGGAUUCUGGGGUCGAUUUGCGAUCGGCUGAAGAUCCAUUUUACCUACCUGGGCACUGGCUGCCUUUUCAAGUAUGAUGCUGAACAUCCCAUUGGAGGCCAGGGGUAUACUGAAGAAGACCUCGGAAACUACGAUGGCACGUCGUAUUCGGCUGUUAAGAUCUUCACCGACCGCCUCCUUCGCCAAUUCUCCACCACCCUACAAUGCCGCAUCCGACUGCCCAUCAACUUCGAGAAGGACAGCAGGAAUUUGGUGGCAAAGUUGAUGUCAUUCAAAAAGGUGCUGGACAUCCCGAAUUCCGUCACGAUCCUGCCGGAUUGCCUGCCGAUUCUCUUGGAAUUGGCCUUGAAAAGGGAAACCGGUGUGCUAAACCUAGUGAACCCAGGCCCGAUCCGUUUCCCUCAAGUCUCGGCCCUUUACCGGGAUAUCGUCGAGCCAGGCUGGUGCUACGAAGUGCUCGAGGCUGACCCUGAGUCUGAGCUGGUACGUACCCGUUCGCACUGCACCCUCGACACGUCAAAACUCCAAAAUAUCUACCCAAAUAUUCGACCGGCGAUCGAUGGGAUUCGGGAGGCGAUACGGAUCAUCGGCGGGAAACACGAGCGAAACGGCCAUGCC